AACCGGUUUUCAAAUAAUGAAUUAUCCAUUAAUAUUCAUGAUACUGGUCAUCCAUGGCUAAGCUUACAGCAUACAAUAUCGCAAUCACUUGCCUCGCGGCUUUGGGAGCCUUCAGCUAUGGCUUUGGGUUUGCCAUUUUCGUGACUAGCAUUGGCCAGCCAGGGUUUUAUACAUACUUUAAUCUUGAUCCAACCAGCAGUUAUACGGCCAACAUUCUGGGUGCAAUCAGUGGACUAUUCAACUUUGGUCUCGCUGCUGGAGCCCUUGUACAGGGAUGGCUGUCCGAUGCUUUCGGUAGAAAGAAGGCAUUUGCCUUUGCCAGCAUCUGUUCUUUAAUUGGCGGUGCCUUAGUUGCUGGAUCUGCUGCCAUUCCAAUGCUGAUAACUGUGCGAAUGCUGCAAGGGUUUGGCUUGGGGAUCCUCGUUGCCUUGGUGCCAUUAUAUGCUACUGAGGUCGCCCCCCCUCAUCGUCGUGGUAUGCUCUCUGGGCUUACUGCUAUGAACUUUGCGCUUGGAUAUCUAGUGUGUGCAUGGGUGUCCGUUGGUACCUACUAUGCGAAGGAUGUCACACUGCAAUGGAGAUUGCCCUUGGCCUUGGGUUGUUUAGGGCCUCUUAUCAUUCUUAUUGGCCUCCCAUUUCUCCCUGAAUCUCCUCGCUUCUUGACCAUGGUAGGAAAGUCAGCCGAGGCUUUGGAGGUACUUCGAAAGAUCCAUCAUGAUCCGAAUGACCCUGAAGAUCGGGCCGCUCGUGCAGAGUAUACUCAGAUUAUGAGACAGACGGCACAUGAUAGAGAGGAGGAAACAGGAUAUAUAAAAAUGUUCACAAAACCUUCUUGGAGAAAAAGAACCCUGCUCGCAAUGUUUAUUCAGUUCGCAGCACAAUCUACAGGGGUGUUGGCGAUUGCGAAUUUCCUCAUCCUCAUAUUUGGCACCCUUGGAAUGACAGGAGCCAUGCCACUUAUAUUAUAUGGUGUUUUUGCUACUGUUGGCAACAUAUCCCUCUUAAUCUCACUAUUUGUGGUUGACCGUAUUGGCCGUAGAAAACUAUUUCUGAUUGGGUUUCCGGGGCUCGCUGUAAUCUUGCUAAUUGAAGCCUUAUUACAAAGGCAAUAUCUAGACUCAGACAACAAAGCCGGUUUGGGAGCAUGCGCAGCUAUGUUCUAUCUUUACGUUAUGAUAUACAAUGUCUGCAUAGACGCACCAUCAUUUAUCUGGAUCUCAGAGAUAUUUCCAACGACAAUUCGUUCAAAAGGGGUCGGACUCGGCUUUUUUGCCUAUUCUGUGGGAGCGAUCACAUACACAACGCCAUCAGCGCUUGAAUUCCACAAUGUAAAGUAUAAUAUAUUCUACCUUUACAUGGGUUUGUGUCUGAUUUCUACUGUUGUUAUUUAUUUUUUUGUGGUUGAAACAAAAGGACUUCCUGUUGAGGAGAUUGGGGCUUUGUUUGGGGACAAAGUUGUUGCUCACCUGACUGCGGAUGGGCAGGGAAUUGUGGAAGACGACUCAUCCAAGGCGGAAACUGACUACGUGGAAGUCGUUGAAGAAGUCUAA